UGAUCACAGUUGAGCCAUGUGCUUGCAGAUCCUGUCAACUUCAUAAUAGGGCCACUUCAGUAUCUUGAUGCUGUACAUAAACGUGCAUUAUUGAAUUUUGGGCUUGUUUCUCAGGUCUACAAGGGGCAAACGCAUCUCAACGGGUUGUGAUAGGCCACUUUCAAUACCAACACAGCAAAACCAGGUUUAUCAUUUUUUUCACCAUAUCCAACUAACCAUAUUCCAAUUACGGUUGGCAUCUGAAUGAUACCGGCCCAUUAACAUGUCCAGUAAUACCUUAACUCGGGUUCAUCUGUUCAGAAUAGCUGCAGGGAGGCAGAAUGUGUCCAUAGCUGCAUGUGCAAGACUAUUUACCCCAUUGAACUACCUUAUAAACAGAACAAGCACCCGUCAAAAUCAGUUACCAGAUUCAGAUAAAAAUAUCGAGAAAUGAGAUGAAUCAUUUAUGUGAUUUCAUUUUCCUUUACUAAAUAUGGUGCUGCAAAACAUGAAUUAUUUGAACCUCGAAAACAAAUUAAAUUGCUUAUCCAUCAUGUUGUUCCCAGUGGAAUAAUGAUAGAGAGUCUGCAGUUUGCCACAUCUUGGAUCAGUCCAUGCCUUUGCAAUUGUCCACUUCAUGUCAUCACCACCUACUUCAUACAUGUUUUGCAAAAGAAGAUGGCCAAACAAACCUUCGAUGCCUCCGAGCGACCGCUUCACCUUCCUGGCGUAUCACUCGUAAUGCAUAUCCACCUUGAGAAAAACCUUUCCGUUCGUCUGCCUCUUCUUCUCUGCUUUCUUCUCUUGUUGGCCCUGGCCGGGCAGGGGAGCAAGAAGGACAGGAGGCAGAACCCCUGCUCGCGUGAGAGAGAGAAAAGGUAGUGCCCAUAUGUGUUUGGCGAAGCCAUCUGCAGAGCCCCCAUGCAUGCGAUCGGCAGCGCCUGCCCACAGAGGGCUCGUGGCAUGGGGAGCCUUCUGAAUUAGCAAAUGGUAAUAAAACAUAGUAAUGGAAGAAAGCAAAUAAAGCCACCACUCGUCGCGAGGUAACGCUGGCUACCUAGUCUCACUAGAGCAACUACCCACAUGCUCUGGUGCUCUCUUUCAGAUGCUUCCUUAAGGUUUGGAUUCCGGCAGCCCAACCGUCGCCGGCAGCGUCGCCGACUCUAGAAGUGGGGAAGCGGCGGCUCACCUCCAACGUCACGUGUUUCUUUUUAUAAAAGAAUAAAAAAGAACAGUAUGAUUUCUGAAGAUUCCGCGUUCCGCUCCGAGGCAAGCGUAGCCAUCAACAAAAUCAUUGAUGGCUUGUUUGGAUGCCCGUUACAAAGGCCAUGGUGCAAACCCAACUGAGGGAGCCAUGCAGAGUAAGCACACCCUCUUGGGCCUCCUGCAGGCAUGCACUAGCCUCAAGCAAGCACAACAAACACACUGUCAAAUGAUAACCAAAAACCUGGCCUCGGAGACCAUUCUACUCAACAAGUUGCUGUCUUUCUGUGCUAUUUCUGAUGAUGGCUGUCUUGACUAUGCCUGCACCAUUUUCUCCCGCACCGAUCAACCUAGUGUACUCAUGUGGAAUGUUAUGAUCAGAGGGCACUCCCUGUACAAUAAACCUGAACAAACCCUCUUCUUCUUCAAGGGGAUGCAGCAAGCAGGCUUGUCGCCGAACAAUUAUACGUACCCGUUUCUUCUCAAAUCUUGUGCUCUCCUCUCGGAGACAAAACAUGGAGAAGGGAUCCAUGGGCAUGCAGUGAAGAGCGGGUUUGAGCUAGAUAUAUUUGUUUCCAGUGCCUUGCUACAUCUUUAUGCUUCAAGUGAGAGGAUGGAAUCUGCAGAGCUUCUGUUUGUGAAAAUGCCCAUAAGAAAUGUUGUCUCAUGGACCACCAUGAUUGCUGGCUAUGCACAUUGUGGCAAGGGUGCAGACGCUAUAAGAGUUUUCAAGGAGAUGCAGGUGAAUAACAUCCAUCCUAACCAUGUCACGUUAGUUAGCGUUCUUGCAGCCUGUGCACUAACGGGAGACCUGGAGAUGGGGAGAUUCAUUCAUGGUUAUGUUAGGCGAAGUGGGAUGCAGACGGUAACUGCUCUAGAAACCGCUCUUCUGGACAUGUAUGCUAAGUGUGGCAGGUUGGAUGUUUCUCGUGAAUUGUUCAAUGAAAUGCCUGACAAAAAUGUCAUCUCUUGGAAUGCAAUUAUUGGUGCAUACAAUCAAGCAAGACAGCACAAGGAAGCCGUAAGGCUUUUCUACAGAAUGCGACUCCAUAACAUCAAACCAGAUAAAGUAACCUUUUCGGGCAUCUUGACUGCAUGUGCUCACCUUGGAGACGGAGGUUUGGGUCAAGCAAUUCAUGCUUAUGUUACCAAGAGUAACUUCAACACGUGUGGUGCUCUUGGUACAGCUCUCAUAGAUAUGUAUUCUAAGUUAGGAGAUACAGACAGUGCAGUUCAGAUCUUCCACAGCAUUUCGCACAAGGAUGCAUUUACGUGGACUGCUAUGAUUGCAGGAUUGGCUAUGCAUGGACAAGGAAAAGGUGCACUUGACCUCUUCGAGGAAAUGCUAAGAGAAGGGGUACACCCAGAUGAAGUCACAUACAUGGCUGUUCUUUCUGCAUGCAGUCAUGCAGGACUGAUACAGAAAGGCUGUGAAUAUUUUGAUUGCAUGACAACUCUGCACAGAAUCCAGCCAACCGAGGAGCAUUAUGGUUGCUUGGCUGAUCUUCUUAGUCGUGCUGGGCUCCUUGAAGAGGCUGAGAGAUUAGUGGAAUCAAUACCAGUCAAACCAAAUGUUGCAAUAUACACCGCUCUUUUGAGUGGCUGUAGGAUCUACAGGAAUGCAGAUUUAGCCCAGCGUAUUACGAAAAAGAUUGUUGAGCUCAAACCUGAAAGAGCUGGUGUCCAUGUGCUACUCUCAAAUGUCUAUGCUAGGGAAGGUAGGUGGCAAGGUGUGAAGCUGGCCAGAAAAGUAAUGAAAGAGAAGCGAAUAAAGAAGUAUCCUGGAUGGAGCUCGAUCAUCAGGGAUGCUGAUCGUCUAUGACAUUCUGGACAAAGUGAAUGCCAUGAGAGAACAGGCAGGCAGUGCAGAGGUUGUACUUCUUGUUAUAGAAGAGGAACUGGUUCCUACGUUGAGUAGUUGGUUUUGCAUGGUCCCAUGAACCAAAAUAUGUAAUUCUAUAAAGAAAGCUGUGUCUUAGUACCAAAUAGGGCUUCAUUCCCCGCCAUAAGUCAGGAUGGGUGUUGCAUAUGUAUGGCCAUUGAGGUCUGAGAGAAGGGAGUUCUGGGAGAAGCUUCUCAUAAUUGUGAUAUUUACAGAAUGUACACGCAACCAGCUGAAAUGAAAAUCUUUGUUCUGUGAGACGGAUCUUGCUUCUCAUGCCAAAUAGUACAUACAUAAUGGUUGUAUUUACAAACAGAAACAAAUCAUUACAAACAAGACGUCAGCUUUGUCAUGGGAAAACAUCAGAAUAUGCCUAAGCUGUUCCAGCAGAAUGAUUUUUACUGUAAGAUCCAAAGAGCAAGACUACUGCCAAGAAAGAGAAGUAACUCUUCAUGCUUCCAUCUCUAAAUACGAAUUACAGUUCCCAUGGCUUCAUGAUGCCCUUAAGCAUCCAAGAAUACCACUGCUAUACCAGGGAGCACGGACAUGAUACAAGACAGGUAAAAAAGAAAUUAAAUAGCUUCAACAGCAUAUGCGUUAGGAUCCCUAGCCUUUUUGUCAUGAAAGCGAGCUGCUGAAGUGGCUUAUUUUAUGGGAUAGAAAAUCGACC